AUGUCCGAAGAAAAUGUCACAUUGACAUCGAACGUCCUCGGCACUAUCGGGACAGUUCUCUGGUGUAUCCAGCUGAUACCACAGAUCUGGUAUAACUGGCGGCGGAAAAACACAGAUGGAUUUCCCGCGGCGAUGAUGUUUCUGUGGGCGGGCUGCUCGGUUCCAAUGGGCGCAUAUCUGAUUCUGCAGCAAGUCAAUAUCCCGUUGCAGAUCCAGCCUCAGAUGUUUGGAUUCUUUUCUCUUGUUUGUUGGGGGCAGAUUCUUUAUUAUAACCAUGACUAUACCAAAACUAAGGCUAUCCUAGUAUCUAUGGGCACGGUCGUUUUAUUCGGGGGAUUGGAAGUUCUUCUUAUCUUGACAUUGAGGAUACCAUAUAAUAACGGUGUGAAAUGGCCCGACAUCGUAGUUGGGAUUAUCGCCGCCAUUAUCCUCAGUGCAGGACUCCUGCCGCCGUAUUUUGAAUUGUGGAAGCGAGAUGGACGUGUGAUUGGCUUCAAUUGGGUCUUCCUCUCCAUCGAUACGUUGGGCGGACUAUUUUCUCUCUUUGCAUUAGCGGCACAAGGCUCAUUUGACAUACUUGGGGGGAUUAUGUAUGUUUUGGUGAUAGUUCUCGAGGGAGGGAUAUAUAUUAGCCAUAUUUCCUGGCGCAUCCGCUAUCGGAAGUUGCGCAAGGAAGCAAAAGAUUCGGGUAAAAGCAUUGAGGAUUUGCUUCUACUGAGGAGGAAUGAUAUACGAGAAACAGGUGAUAUUGAAAAGGGCAUUAUUCCUGGUGCUCCUGGGGAUGUUGGGAGUUUAGGGCAAAUUGAACACGCCAACGCCUGA